AUGUAUGGAAUAAAGCAUCAGAAUCAACAAUCUACAAGUAUCAACACUAAAACACAAAACUCAAAGCUUAUAGAAAAGCUUCACAACUCUGAAUCAAGAAUCCAUGAAUUGCAGUUACAAGUGGAUGACAUGGCUUCUUUUAGUAACCAGUUGGAGGUGCUUCACAAAAAGCUUGAUGCAUCAAUUGGGGGCAUUUCCAUCAUUCAUUCAAGUGAAGCAAUUGUUGGUGACAAUAUCUUUGCUCAUGUGGCUACUUUUAUCGAUGCAGCCAUUAAAGUAAUCCAAGAUUUACAAGAAAAGCUUGAAGAAUCUCUCAAAACCCGUAACUUACUUCUAUAA